AAUUCCCUUGGCAGAAAAGCGACAUCUGCUACAGUGGGACAGUGACAUCGCGUAUCGGAAAGGGUCAACGAAGAUCUGGGUACCCAAUUACCCUCCUUUGCGCCAGUUACUACUCAAAGAAUACCACAAUGUCCUAUUCGUAGGACACUUUGGUAGCAACAAGAUGCUGACAGGUAUUGCGAAGCACUACUACUGGCCCCACUUGGCAGAAGAUGUCCAGAAAUUCGUCACCUCGUGUGAUACAUGUGAGCGGAUGAAGAGCAGCAAGCAGAAGAAGGCGGGACUACUACAGCCUCUUCCUAUCCCAGAACAACCAUGGCAAGUGGUUAGCCUGGACUUCAUCACCGGGUUACCACCUACCACCAGCGGUCAUGACGCAAUCCUUGUCGUCAUCGACAAGUUCUCCAAAAUGGGACACUUCAUCCUGACACACACGACAGCACGCACCGAAGAAACAGCACAACUAUUCAUUCGCUACAUCAUCUCACAACAUGGCAUUCCAACUACACUCAUCUCUAACCGAGACCCCAAGUUCACCAGCAAGUUCUGGAAGGAACUCAUGUCUCUGCUUGGGACCAAACUCGCCAUGUCAUCCGCCUACCAUCCGCAGACAGAUGGACAGACCAAGCGCCUUAACCAGAUUAUUGAGCAACUCCUCCGAGGACGAGAUCUCCAAAUGGGACUUGCACAUGCCCCUACAGCAGAAGCAGUAGCAGCACCAGAAGGAGCAGCAGACUCAGCAGCACCAGCAGCAGCAGUAGCAGCAGCAGCAGCAGCAGCUGAAGGAGCAGCAGCAGCAGCAGCAGCAACAGCGGCAGCAGCAGCAGUGGCAGCAGCAGCAGCGGCAGCAGCAGCAACAGCAACAGCAGCAGCAGCAGCAGCAGAAGGAGCAGCAGCAGCAGCAGCACCGCGUCGUGGCGGGCGCCCACGUGGCGGCCGCACCAACCCUCAGGGAGGGGGUGGAGGUGGCGGUUGUGGGGGCAGCGGAGCCGGCGGCGGUGGUGGCGGGGUCGAGGGUGGCAGCAGUGGUGGUGGUGGAGGCAGUGGUGGCUCAUCUGGUAGCCGUGGUGACAUUUACGACCCAGCUGUCCCUGACUCCCCUGCUCACUCUGCCUCAUCGCACCACCAGCAGCAGCAGCAGCAGCAGCAGCAGCAGCAGCAGCAGCAGCAGCAGCAGCAGCAGCAGCAGCAGCAGCAGCAGCAGCAGAAGGAGCAGCAGCAGCAGCAGCAGCAGCAGCAGCAGCAGCAGCAGCAGCAGCAGCAGAAGGAGCAGCAGCAGCAGCAGCAGCAACAGCAGCAGCAGCAGGUGCAGCAGCAGCAGCGGAUGGAGCAGCAGCAGCAGCAGCAGCAGCAGCAGCAGCAGCAGCAGCAGCAGGAGGUGCAGCAGCGGAUGGAGCAGCAGCAGCAGCAGCAGCAGCAACCGCAGGCAGUGCAGCAACAGCAGCCGGAGCAGGAGGUGCAGCAGCAGCACCAGCAGCAGCCACAGCAGCCACAGCAGCAGCAGCAGCAGCAGCAGCAGCCACUGCAGCAACCUCAUCGGCAUCGCCGCACCACCUCUCCGAUAAAAGAAAAUAUGGGUACCCGAUUACCCUCCUUUGCACUAGUUACUACUCGAAGAAUACCACGAUGUCCUAUACGAGGGCACUUCGGUAGCAACAAGACACUCAUCGGUAUUGCAAAGCACUACUAUUGGCCGCACAUGGCAGGCGACGUACAGCAAUUCGUCACCUCGUGCAAUACAUGUCAGCGGAUGAAGAGCAGCAAGCAGAAAAAGUCAAGAGUGCUACAGCCUCUUCCUAUCCCAGAACAACCAUGGCAAGUGUUGAGCCUGGACUUCAUCACCGGGUUACCAACUACCUCAAGCAGUCAUGACGCAAUCCUUGUCGUCAUCGAAAAACUCUCCAAAAUGGGACACUUCAUCGCGACACACACGACAACACGCACCGAGGAGACAACACAACUAUUUGUUCGCUACAUCAUCUUACAGUAUGGCAUUCCAACCACUCUCAUAUCCGACCGAGACCCCAAGUUCACCAGCAAGUUAUGGAAAGAACUAACGUCGCUGCUCGGGACGAAACUCGCCAUGUCAUCCGGCUACCAUCCGCGGACAGACGGCCAGACCGAGUGUCUCAACCAAAUUGUAGAGCAACUCCUCCGCACAGCAUGCAAGGACGAAAUCCAUAAGUGGGACUUGCAUCUACCCGUCCUGGAGUUUGUCUACAACAAUGCCACCCAUGUCGCUAGUGGACAGACGCCAUUCUUCUUCUGUUACGGACGCAACCCGGACUAGCUGCACAAGUUAUAUCAAGCAC